CAGAGGGGCUCGUACUCUCUGGCCCCGGGGCGGGCUCCCAGGAGAGUCCCCCGCGGCAGCAAAGUUUGGAGCCGCUGGCGCCGCGCCGCGCCGGUCCCUCCCCGCGCAGUUCCCUCGGCGGGGUCCGUGCCGCCGUCGCUGCCGGGGCAGGACAAAGGCUCAUUAACACGUGAUGGGACCGCGCCUCAUAAAUGGGACUGGAUCGCGAGGGAGCCAGAGACAGCGCGCGAGCGGAGGGAGAGGCAGGGACCGCGCGAGCUGGGGAGGCGCCGCGCACCCGGACCGGCGGAGACGGGCGGCCCCACGCCGCGCCAGGCUGGGCGAGCGGGAGGACCCGUGCAGCGCCCGGGGAAGGGGCAAGGCUCGCGGGCGGAGGGGGCUCCAGUCCCGAUCCUUGUCACUUGCGGGCGCUGCAGGCUGGGGACACCAGCGCGCGGGUAGCGCGGACCGACUGACUUACUGACCGACGGACUGAGGCACGUCCCGCUCCACCCCACCCCUUGGCAUCCCAGCGCCGGCGCCGCCUCCCUCCCGCUACUCCCGCGGCCACCCCAUCCUUCUGCACUUCUUUUCCGCCUCCGCCUCCUCUAGGCUCCCGCGGCGCCAGUGCCGCCCCCUGGCCCGGGCGGGGCGCCUCCGCUCCCUGCAGAGCCCUCCGUGGGGGGACGUUCCGUUCUAGCGGAGAAGCAGUCCCUGCGCUGGGCGAGAGGUGCCCAGGGAGCUGCCCAUCCGAGGACCAGGGGAUGCGAAGGGAUUCCCUGCUGCCAGCCUCUUUCUCAGUCCUUUGGAGUUUGGCCUAAUAGAAGACAGAGGGUAUGAAGUCGAUCCUAGAUGGCCUUGCAGACACCACCUUCCGCACCAUCACCACGGACCUCCUCUACGUGGGAUCGAAUGACAUUCAGUACGAAGAUAUCAAAGGCGACAUGGCAUCCAAAUUAGGGUACUUCCCGCAGAAAUUCCCUUUAACUUCCUUCAGGGGCAGUCCCUUCCAAGAAAAGAUGACUGCGGGAGAUAGCCCUCAGUUGGUCCCAGCGGACCAGGUGAACAUUACCGAAUUUUACAACAAGUCUCUUUCGUCCUACAAGGAGAAUGACAACAUUCAGUGCGGGGAGAACUUCAUGGACAUGGAGUGCUUCAUGAUCCUGAACCCCAGCCAGCAGCUGGCCAUCGCCGUGCUGUCCCUCACGCUGGGCACCUUCACGGUUCUGGAAAACCUGCUGGUGCUCUGCGUCAUCCUGCACUCCCGCAGCCUCCGCUGCAGGCCUUCCUACCACUUCAUCGGCAGCCUGGCGGUGGCAGACCUUCUGGGGAGUGUCAUCUUCGUCUACAGCUUCGUUGAUUUCCACGUGUUCCACCGCAAAGAUAGCCCCAACGUCUUUCUGUUCAAACUGGGCGGCGUCACAGCCUCCUUCACGGCCUCGGUUGGCAGCCUGUUCCUCACAGCCAUCGACAGAUACAUAUCUAUUCAUAGGCCCCUGGCCUAUAAGAGAAUCGUCACCAGGCCCAAGGCUGUGGUGGCCUUCUGCCUGAUGUGGACCAUCGCGAUUGUGAUCGCUGUGCUGCCUCUCCUGGGCUGGAACUGCAAGAAACUGCAAUCGGUUUGCUCAGACAUUUUCCCACUCAUCGAUGAAACCUAUCUGAUGUUCUGGAUCGGGGUGACCAGUGUGCUGCUGCUAUUUAUCGUGUACGCAUACAUGUACAUUCUCUGGAAGGCUCACAGCCACGCGGUCCGCAUGAUUCAGCGCGGCACCCAGAAGAGCAUCAUCAUUCACACGUCGGAGGACGGCAAGGUGCAGGUGACUCGGCCGGACCAAACCCGCAUGGACAUCAGGCUGGCCAAGACCCUGGUCCUGAUCCUUGUGGUUUUGAUCAUCUGCUGGGGCCCUCUGCUUGCCAUCAUGGUGUAUGAUCUCUUUGGGAAGAUGAACAAGCUGGUGAAGACGGUGUUCGCCUUCUGCAGUAUGCUCUGCCUGCUGAAUUCCACCGUGAACCCCAUCAUCUAUGCUCUGAGGAGCAAGGACCUGAGACACGCGUUCCGGAGUAUGUUCCCCUCGUGUGAAGGCACCGCGCAGCCCCUUGAUAACAGCAUGGGUGACUCGGACUGCCUGCACAAACACGCAAACAACACAGCCAGUGCUCACAGGGCCACGGAGAGCUGCAUCAAGAGCACUGUCAAGAUCGCCAAGGUGACCAUGUCUGUGUCUACAGACACGUCUGCCGAGGCUGUGUGAGCCUGAUGCCUCAUGGGCAACACAGGAAAAGAAAUUAUUUUUUUUUAAGCUAAAAAUCUAGAAGAGUCUGUCGUCUCAUCAGUUAUAUUUUUUAAGUUUAUCGUGCUCACUGAAAAGGUGAUUGUUACCAUGAUCAGUUGUCUGUUCGCUGAUGUUUUGAUAGUGUAGAUUCUCAAACUCAGUUCUCCAGGGAUUUACAGUGAAGAAAGCCUGUUGCUUAAGUGACUGGAAGGUCCUUCAAAGUGUCAGUGAAACAGGAGGGAAGCCUUUUGCUACACAAUUUGCAGUCUAAGUACCACUGGAACAACGCCAUGAAAUGAGUAAUGCCUUUGUAACCACCACUUUCAUUAUAAUGUGAAAUGUAUUUGUCCAUCAGUAUCAGAGCUGUCCAUUUUUACAAGUUAUAGUACUAAAGUAGAGCUAUUUUGUAAAAUGUAUUGUGUCCUGUGAAAUGUGUACCGGUGUUUACUAUGUGUUGUUUAUAUUUGUCUAGUUCAGCAAAACUGAAAAGUAGAAUUUUAUGAAAACAGUGGAAUAUAAGCAGUGGGUAUAUGCCAACGAGACCACUUUUUUUAAAGAGUAUUGCCCAUGAUAUAACUUUAGAAACCUUAAUAUUUUUCAAAUAUCUCUAUUUAAAUUUGACAUUGGAAAUAAUGAUAAAGGUUGUUGUUGUUUUCUGUUAAUACAACAAGAAGAAUUGGAAGACUCUCCAAAGUAUUGAGCAGAAUUCAGUGACACUUAAAAAUUUAUUAGCUCUGCAUUUUCAUACAAGGACAUUUAUGAUCUUCUGGACUAAAGCUAUUCUCUUGGGUGAUGGAUUACAAUUAUAACAGGGGGGAAAGGUAUAUUGACUUUUUUGGCUGACGUCUCUGACUUUCUUUAGUCUUUAGCUAUUACUGGACCUCUUAAGACAGCAUGUGUCAAUCUUAAUGUAUAUUGUUAUCACUGUGCAAUUGCUGUUUACUUGAAGAGUAUUGUAUCCUUGUGUUCCAGGUUUAAGUAGAUUUUAUGCCUGGAUGGCCAAACAACAGUCUUCAUUUUUUUUUCUUAAUUGAAAAGAAGUAUUUAUUGUCUGGAUCAGUAAAAUUGUACUGUGUGUGAGUGUGAA